AUGGACGAUAGCGGAGAAGACAGAGACCUCCUCGAUCCCACCGUCAUCAAGGCCCCGGGGCGCGGGGAGAGGAAGAAAUGGCCGGUGGCAGCGGUCUUCGUCUGCACCACGGUGGUGGUCACGGUCCUGCUGUUAGGAGCUGGGGAGCUGACAGAGAAACCUCACAUCGCGGGCAAUGUCAGUGAUAUGGAAGUGGCCAUGUUGAUCUACAAUCGCUGGAAGGGCUACAAGACCUUUGACCGAGUGGAGCUGGCCAACUACACGGUCCUGCUGCAGUACCCAGGGAACAGCAGUAGUCCCAACAGACUGGAGCUGCGGGAGUCGGGGGGGAAGGUGGUCUACACUGCAGCUACCCGCCAGGAGAAACCUCUGCUGCCACAGGAGAGAGAUCCCUCCGUCGCUCCUCCUUUUAAUGCCUACUCUGGCACUGGGAACGUCUCUGGUCCUCUGGUGUAUGUUAACUAUGGUAGACUGGAGGACUUUUACUAUCUCAACACUACUCUCAAUAUCAGUCUGGACGGAUACGUCUGCAUCAUACGCUAUGGAAAAAUCUACCGUGGAGAUAAGGUUACCCUCAAUACUGAAAGAGUGCAAAUUUUACCAUCCAAAUUGUCAUGCCUACCUGGCAGAGCAAAGUGGGGUAUUGGAGUCAUCAUCUACUCUGACCCCGCGGAUUAUGCCCCCAGAGGUGGUCCCCUGGUCUUCCCCAACGGCACCAGUCUCCCACCCUCCGGGGUGCAACGAGGAUCACUGUUCCAGAGAAACGGCGACCCCCUGACUCCGGGGGUCCCUGCAAUUCCAGGGAUAUUCAGGAGAGACUAUGAGGAAGAUGUGGUGAAGAAAGGAUACGCUCCCAGUAUCCCAGUACAACCCAUCUCUUAUGGAGAUGCCAUCCACUUCAUGAACCAACUGACUGAGUACCGAGCCCCUGUCAACCUCAACUGGACUGGUCAGCUGAACCUGUCCUGCUACUACAUCCUCCAGUCACCCAACAACACAAAUGAGACGUAUCUUGAAGUCAACAACUACCUGGUUCAUAGGAACAUCACUAAUGUCAUUGCUACAGUGUAUGGAUCAGUGGAGCCAGAUCGCUACGUUCUGCUGGGUAACCACCACGAUGCCUGGACAUUUGGAGCAGUGGACCCAAACUCUGGGACUGCAGUACUCAUGGAGCUGGCCAGAGCUCUCAGUGACCUCCGCAGCAAAGACUGGAGACCAGGUCGAACCAUUCUCCUCUGCAGUUGGGAUGCAGAGGAAUAUGGACUGAUUGGAUCCUACGAAUGGACUGAGGAACAUGCAAAGAUCCUGGGAGCCAAUGCUGUAGCCUACCUGAAUGUGGAUGUUGCCAUUGAUGGGAUAUACUCUUUCAAUGCUGCUGCCACCCCACUUCUCAUCCAGCCUAUCUACACUGCAACCAAAACAACCAAGUGCCCCAACAAAGGUUUUGCCACAGUCUAUGACGAGUGGCUCCACUACCAACCAAACCCCACCAACAGCGCUCCUCAAGUCCCUGGUCUUGGCUCAGGCAGUGACUAUACCUCCUUCCUGCAAGGUUUUGGCAUCACCUGCUCUGACAUGAACUACAGAUACUUUGACCCCAUAGGGUACCCAGUGUAUCACUCAGUCCACGACAACUUCUUCUACGAGGCCAACCUGACGGACCCAUCCUUCUCCCACCACACAGCCGUGGGUCUGGUGUGGGGUAAGGUGGCCCUCUCUCUUGCCACCUCCCCCGUCCUCCCCUACGACCCCAGAGACUACUCCACUGCACUCACAAACAUCAUGGCGGGAUUGGUGGAAGAGUAUGGAGAGGUUCUGUCUUCCCAGAACAUAAGUCUUGAUUACCUCAACAGCUCCAUCAGAGAGUUCACGAUGUCCGCCGAAUGUCUGUGGGAGGAGUUACAGAAGGUGUCAGGUGACCCCAGUGACCUCAGUCGUGUCAGGAGACUCAACGAUCAACUGAUGCAGUUGGAGAGAGCCUUCAUUGUACCAGAGGGUCUCCCUGGAAGACCUUACUACAAGCAUGUGGUUUAUGCGCCCAGCUCAGUCAACCAGUACGGCAGCUCUCUGUUUCCCGGUGUGUCUGAUGCCAUCUUUGCGGCCAUGGAGUGGGGUGGCAGCUGGGACCUUGUCAGAGAGCAGCUGGACCUGGUUCGGGUCCACAUACUCUAUGCCUCUCAGAUCAUGACUCAAAGCCUUGACAACACGAUAGCUUUUACAACAGUCGGUAAAGACACAGAGGACCUGGAACAGUGGACCUCCUGUUCGGGACAGCACUUCGAACCCCGGAGUUUGUACAGCCGUCUUCAAAGCAAAGUUGCUCUCCUACACUCCACGAAUGGAGACUAUCGACCUCUGAGGCCAAAGUAUGGGACAUAUGAAUAUCUGCCACCUCAGAGAUGGCUCUCUGCCCUCCAGUACGGUGCGGUGGUAUUCCUCUACCACCCAUGCACCCCUCCUGACCAGGUCUCCCAGUUGAAGCAGCUGGCUCGGAGCUGUCUGUGGCGCCAUUUCGUCUCCCCUUACCCUCUCCUGGACUCUGAAUGGCCAAUGGCUGUUGUGUCUUGGGGGUGUGUCCUCCGAGUAAAGUGGGUGGAGUCGGAAGCGAUCAAAAAAUGGGUGGAGUCACAUGCACUACGCACUCCUCAAACGGCAGAGUUCGCUAAUGAUGGCACCUACGAUGAAGGGUUGAUUCAACCAGCAGACAAGGUGGAAUUGUUGAAUGGAGACGAGGCUGUCUGUCCCUCACCUCCUCCUCCCACCACCAUCCUCCCUUCCUCCACUAACACCACCAACUCCAGCAAGCCUACCUGUCCCAACACUGCCACCUCUACCAAUUCAUCUCACAACAAAACAGACUCAGACUGUAGCCUCCCCCCCACUCCUACCUUCAACCCAGCCCCAGCUAGCAAUCUCCCGCUCCACCACCAUUUCGGCUACACCGUCCUGAUGUGUGUUGCUGGAGCCGCGCUCCUACUUGUGAUCCUCGUGUCUGCCUUGAAUCUGUGCUGCUGCAGUGCAACUCGCCGGAGGAGACGGCGGGCCAGGUACAAGUCGGUGAGCAAGUUUUUCCCGUUCUCGUACGGGGAGCAGCUGGACGCCGAUGGAGGGAGCGAUGGAGUGAGCGUGGCUAUUCCAGAGUACGGACUGCCCAAGAGUGGACGGGCUGAGAGGGAAAUGCUACUAAAUGAGUCAGACGAAGAUGAAAUCUAGCCCCCCCCCUUUAUUUUUUUUGUUUUUCAAGGUAUUGUUUUAGUUGUGUAUUGUGUGAUUUGUGCAAAAUGCAGUAGGCUCUUCCUUUUUCAUCACACCACCUAUACUGCUCUCAUGGCACAUGAUCUGUAGUACUAUGUCAGCAGUACAACAUUAUACUUCCACAAGUGUUGCAAUUCAAAUAAGUGCACCUAUGUAGUGGUUUCAAAAACUGUAGAAUAUAGUUACACAUGUG